CAGAGAUCGUAAUAGAGAAAGAGAUGGGGAAAAGAAAAGGAGCGGAGCGGAGCUGAAGCUAACGGUGAAACCAGGAGGCUUGAACUUCACUGAAGAAAUUUUGGACUUUUAUCACAGAGACGAGUAAGAGUCAAAGUCCAAACAGGCCUGAAGCCCUGUCUGCUCCUGAGCCAGUUUGGAUUUCUGUGUCAGUGCUCAGCUGGCAGACUGCCCCUCUCACCAUCAGGUGAGAAACUGGAUAACAUCAACCUGUGCUGUCUGAACAAGGACUUCCUGUCUGCUGCAAUGGGAAGCUACCAUAUUGGUGCCAACAAGCAGUCUUGACUGGAAAGACUCAAUCUCCACCCUGAGCUGGGAUCUUCCAGAUACAUUAAAUUUCCCAAGAUUUACAAGAAAGCCUUGGCUGAAGACUUUAUUUGAGGGGAAAGUAUGAUCUCAUUGCCAAAGUAAGGUGUGCAAAAAAAAGUGGACAGAGUCUCUGUGAGGAUUUGUGGCCGCCAUACAGUCACUGCACUUGGGGUAAAACCUUCAACAAAGCCUGAAAGACCCCACAGUUCAUUCUGAUUUGGAGCUAUGCCCUGUCCAUCUCCUCCCUGUUUACCCUUCUCUUCUCCUCAAUCUGUUGUUUUUCUUGGACUGCUUCUUCUGGUGCUUUGGGGUCCCCCAGAGAUCAGUUGCCAGAAUGACACAGAGCCAAUCGUGUUGGAGGGGAAGUGUCUUGUGGUCUGCGACUCUACCCCGUCAGCCGAGCCAUCGGGUAACGCUCUGGGGAUGUCGGUGAGGUCAGGGACUGGUAGGGUGGCGUUUUCAGCCAUUCGUAACACCAACCAUGAACCGUCAGAGAUGAGCAACCGCACCAUGACCAUCUAUUUUGACCAGAUUCUAGUAAAUGUUGGCAGCCAUUUUGAUCCAGCGAGGAGUAUCUUUGUGGCCCCAAGGAAAGGAGUCUACAGUUUCAGCUUUCACGUUGUCAAAGUUUACAAUCGGCAGACAAUACAAGUGAGUUUGGUUCUCAACGGCUGGCCAGUGAUUUCAGCCUUCGCAGGCGAUCAGGAUGUGACGAGGGAAGCUGCCACCAAUGCUGGACUGGUGAUAAUGGAGAGAGGGGACAAGGCUUACCUCAAACUGGAGAGGGGGAAUCUCAUGGGUGGAUGGAAAUACUCCACCUUUUCUGGGUUUCUCGUGUUCCCCUUGUAGGUCCAGGUGAGGUAGGAUGGGAUCUUACUGAAGAUAAUGCAAAUAAAGAUUGUAUUAUUCCACAUACAUUUGGAAAGUCAGUGUAGUUGAAUCAAACUGGUUUGAUGCAUUCAAUUUAUUCUGCACCAAAUAAUCCUGAAUGUAUUGUACAUUUCCAUCAAUUCUCUCUGGCUCAGUGUUGUCUGACUACUGUAAUGUGUUUAUGCUUGCUAGCACCAGGUUUCAGCCUUUAGGAGGAUUGUGGUUUUAAUUUAAUGCACGAAAAACAGAGAUGCAAAUCUUUGAGUCAAUAAAGAAACCAUGGUGUCCA